AUGGGACCGCGGUUGUCAGGCCAUCAGUUGGACUUCGUGAACUCCCUGGCGGGUCUGUUCGAGUGCCCGCUGCCGUGUCGCGCGGUCUACCUGCACACCCUCUGCACCAACGUCGUGGCUCUGCGGUUCUACCAGCGUCGGGGCUUCGUGGUCCAUCGUCUGGUCCCGCGCUGCUACCUCAUCGACGGCGACUCUGCCGACGGCUACUGCUGCGUACUGCACAUCAACGGCGGUUACCCCUAUCGAUCCAUGGCGUAUCCUUUUUUGCCUGCACCAGUAUUGCCUGAGUGUGUCGGUCGCCUGCCCUCCUCUUCCUUCUUGCUAUCCCCACAACCACCGUGGGACGAGUGCCUCCAGUGGCUGCGUCAGACCAUUUCGGCAACCCGCGCAGCCGCCGUCGUGGUGAUCGCGCGUCUGGCUCGAGCCUGCGACGCGCUCUCCUCCUACCUCCUUCACUCGCGGCGAUCGAUAAAGUGGGCGUCGUCUCGUUUGGGGCUGUGGCUUCGUGGCACGGAGGAGAUUCCAGUUCACUCGCUCCACAGAACCUGUUUCCCCCCUGGCCAUCUCGAGGGCAUCCAGUGCGACAACAACUCUCCCCUCCUCAUGUCCUCAAAAUAA